AGAGAUGGACCGAAAAUGGCAGAGCUGGAUGAUGUGUGUCCCAUUAUCAAACCGCUUGUACAUACUUCCUGUGAGACUGGCAAUGCAAAAGAUAUGCCUGGAAGUAUUCUGAGCAAUACCUCUCGAUGUCUAUCACGCGUAGAAUUUGUCUCGGAUAGCGAAGUGAGAAGCAUCGGUGACAUUUGUGCUCAAGUGAAAUGUGAUAGUGGCAAAGUACAUAUCCGCUACAAGGGCAAUAACAGUUGGCACGUGUGUGAUAAUGAAACUGAAAACGACGUGAUUUUACCCCAAAGCAACGAUUCCGCGCUCAGUAGCGGAGUCAUUCUUUGUCCCAAAUACUCUGAGGUGUGCAUGUAA